UCCAGAGCUACUCACUUCACUCUCGAAGACGAAGAAAAAUGGGGGCAGAAGCCGAUUUGGUGCACGCGCCCUUGCUCACUUAUGCCUCUAUGCUCUCUCUCCUCUCUCUCUGUCCGCCUUUUGUCAUUCUACUAUGGUAUACGAUGGUGCAUGCUGAUGGAUCCGUGUUGCAAACAUGGGAUUACUUAAGGCAGCAUGGCCAGCAGGGAUUGAUCGAUAUCUGGCCAAAGCCCACUGCCACUGCAUGGAAGAUCAUUGCUUGUUAUGCCGCAUUUGAGGCUGCCCUCCAGCUUCUGCUCCCCGGGAAAAGGGUCGAGGGCCCGGUUUCGCCUGCUGGGAAUAAGCCUGUGUAUAAGGCUAAUGGAGUUCUAGCAUAUGUGGUGACGCUGGUUACGUAUCUUGGCCUCUGGUGGUUUGGAAUUUUCAACCCUACAAUAGUUUAUGACCAUUUGGGAGAGAUAUUUUCUGCAUUAAUUUUCGGGAGCUUCGUCUUUUGUAUAUUCUUGUACAUCAAAGGUCAUGUUGCGCCAUCUUCAACUGAUUCUGGAUCAUCUGGAAACUUAAUUAUUGAUUUCUAUUGGGGAAUGGAGCUUUAUCCUCGCAUUGGCGAGAACUUCGAUAUCAAAGUGUUCACAAAUUGCAGAUUUGGGAUGAUGUCUUGGGCUGUUCUUGCUGUUACCUAUUGCAUAAAGCAGUACGAAACAUAUGGAAAGCUAUCCGAUUCUAUGUUGGUCAACACAAUAUUAAUGUUGGUAUAUGUAACCAAAUUCUUUUGGUGGGAAGCCGGAUAUUGGAACACAAUGGAUAUAGCUCAUGAUAGAGCUGGCUUUUACAUUUGUUGGGGAUGUUUGGUGUGGGUCCCAUCUAUAUAUACAUCUCCUGGCAUGUACCUUGUCAAUCACCCGGUGAAUCUUGGGGUUAAGCUUGCAAUCUUCAUUCUUGUAGCAGGCAUACUCUGCAUAUACAUAAACUAUGAUUGUGACAGGCAAAGGCAAGAAUUUAGGAGGACGAAUGGGAAAUGCCUGGUCUGGGGAAAAGCACCAUCCAAGAUUGUUGCCUCAUACACAACUACUACCGGUCAGACAAAGUCCAGCCUUUUACUGACAUCAGGAUGGUGGGGCUUAGCUCGUCACUUCCAUUAUGUGCCGGAAAUCCUGGGAGCCUUCUUCUGGACCUUACCAGCUCUGUUCGACCAUUUUCUCCCAUACUUUUAUGUGGUGUUCCUUACAAUUCUUCUUUUUGACCGAGCUAAGAGGGAUGAUGACAGAUGCAAAACAAAGUAUGGCAAGUACUGGAAGCUGUAUUGCGACAAGGUCCCUAGCCGGAUUAUACCUGGAAUUUACUAGUAAUUUGUGGAUCUUUUAAUAUUUUGACAUUGUUGAGGACUCACUUGCAUUGAUCAUUUGAUCUAUUAAUUAAAUGCUGCUUCUGUUUUA